UUUGGAGACGCGCCGGAAGCAGCAGGUUGGUGGAGGGCAACAGAGAGGGGAGCACACAGGGCGAUGAGAUAAUCCCUUCUCGGGCUUCGAAUGUAAUCUCUCCGAUAGAUCAUUUCAUAUUUCAGAAAAACAUGGCUUUGACCCAGGAAUCGGUUUUGUCUUUUUUGCUGGAGCACGGAGGCAAAGUGAAGAACUCGGAGCUGCUCAACAAUUUCAGGAGUGAGAUCAGCUGCAGUGAUCCCGCGGAAAAACAGCACAAUAGAGACCUUUUCAAGAAGUUGGUGAACAGCGUCGCCGUGGUGAAACAGAUCGACGAGGUUAAGUUUGUGGUGGUGAAGAAAAGAUAUCAGGACUUUGUUAAAGAGGUGGCGCACGAUGCACCAGAGAAAAGCUCGCAGAUGGAUGACAGUUUCUCCAGCCAAAACACGAGCUUUUCAUGCACAUCCCCUCCACAACGAGUCGAGUCAACCAGGAGGAUUUAUUCUGAUAUUGAGAACAAAAACGUGAGCUCUCUUUCAAACAGAAAUGUCAAUUAUCAUAGCGAUGCCAAACAUGCAUUCGUUGAAAGUGUACAGGAGAGGAGAUCUACAAACUGCAGUAGUGCAGACACAACCACUCUGAAAGUCCUGAAUAUCUCCGGAGAUCAUGAUAGCAAGGCGAGGAAAUCUGGAGCUGUGUUUGCUGUCGUAGCCAUCAAAUCUCCACCGAGAGAACUUGCACCAGAAGACGGAUUAUAUUCUCAAGUGCACCAGACUAACACGUUAGUAACCAAAAUGUCCAAACCAUCAGUGCAAAAUCUGAACUUUGCAACUUGCAAGAAGGAUGCACAAAGUGACCCUGAAGGUUUGAAAAGCAGACAGGCAGAUGACACCCAGACCCCAGUUUUUCCCAAUGCGAGGCCCCCAAUCAAGACCACCAGGCAAGGGGAUGAUUCAAAGUAUUCAGAGUCUGUGCCUCUGGAGCAACUAGCACAUGAGUGGUUGGUGAAGUGUGCUGCAGGACUGUGGGGACAAAUCCACGGUCUGCUGCUGCAGGACGCACGGUUAGCACAGAAAAAAGACUUCAUGUCUGGUUUCACAGCUCUUCACUGGGCUGCAAAGGACGGCAACAGCGACAUGAUACACAAGCUUGUGAAUAUCUCCAGGAAAAGAGGCACUUGUGUGAACAUAAACAGUAAAGCACAUGGUGGAUACACACCUCUGCACAUUGCAGCCAUCCACAACAACUUUGAUGUGAUAAAUCUGCUUGUGCAAAAAUACGGAGCAAAUGUGAAUGUAAGAGACAAUGAUGGCAAGAAGGCCAUACACUACCUGGGAAAAGGUGUGUCAGCAGAAGUUAAGGCACUUUUAGGAGGUCAGCAGAGCAGGAAUAAGGUGAAGACAGAGGAUGAAGACUGCAGAGAGCAGCCGAAGAGCUUUAACACCAUCAGUAAACUGUUCCAGCCUCACAUGGGGAAGAAGCAGAAGACAACAGUGAGGUAUGCUCAGGACUGGUGAGAAAGACAUGGACCUCAAGAGACACUGAGAUUGAAACUAUAAAGAUAUAGAUUAUACUUUCUGAGUUUGUACAUCAUGUAAUAUAAAACAACUUUUUUAACAUUCUUACAUGAACGUCUAUAACAGAAUUACAGAUAUGUAGCUUCCACCCAGCAGGUGUUUGCUCCCUUGUAUAGUAAAUCACUGUUCCAUGUAAUAUUUAUGAAUGCUAUUUAUGAUUAAAUCUUUUUGUAGUUGAA